AUGGCCUCCAACUUCAACGACAUCGUCAAGCAGGGUUAUGUUCGAAUGCGGAGCAGAAAACUGGGGAUCUAUCGCCGGUGUUGGCUGGUGUUUAAGAAGUCAUCCAGUAAAGGACCACGAAGGCUGGAAAAGUACCCUGAUGAAAAGUCCGCUUACAUCAGAGCCAGUCCAAAGGUGACAGAGAUCAGUAAUGUGAAGAAUGUGACGAGACUUCCGCGGGACACCAAGCGCCAGGCCGUGGCCAUUGUUUUCACAGAUGACACCUCGCGCACUUUCACCUGUGAAUCAGAGCUGGAAGCUGAGGAGUGGUUUAAGACGCUGUCAGUGGAGUGUCUGGGGACUCGGAUGAAUGACAUCAGUCUGGGAGAGCCUGACCUCCUGGCAGCAGGAGUUCAGUGUGAACACACAGAACGUUUUAACGUUUUCCUGCUGCCCUGCCCUAACCUGGACAUCUAUGGAGAGUGCAUGAUGCAAAUCACGCACGAGAACAUCUAUCUAUGGGACAUCAACAAUCCACGCACAAAACUAGUUACGUGGCCCCUCUGCUCAUUGCGCCGCUAUGGACGAGAUGCCACACGCUUCACCUUUGAGGCUGGAAGGAUGUGUGACAGUGGAGAGGGCCUGUACACCUUUCAGACCCGUGAAGGGGAGCAGAUCUACCAGAGAGUCCACUCUUCCACACUGGCUAUUGCCGAGCAGCACAAAAGAGUGCUCAUGGAGAUGGAGAAGAACAGUAGGCUCUUGUCAAAGAGUUCAGAGGCCGGCUCAUACCCCUGCACUCCCACAGCUAUCUUGCCUCGAAGUGCCUUCUGGCACCACAUCACUGGAUCAUCAGGAGGAAUGGAGUCUGCUAAUGGUGAGAUGUAUGGCAGCUCUCAGCUCUCAGGAGCUGACACAGACCUGUGCUCUACUCGACGUCAGCACCCCUCACAUUACCCCCCCUACCCAACCCAGUGA